UGCAUACAGCAAUAGGUGUCCAAUCAAUGUAAGAUAAAAAGAAAAACAAAACAAAUGAAAUUCCGUAUCCAACCAAAGAUCUAUAUCCAAGUAACCAACUAUCAAAAGUGUGUUACACUUAUUCAUCUUAUGGAAUUAACUGUUAUUAUCCAAUAUGGCGAUCAGAUAUAUAGUUAGAAAUAGCUCCAAUAACAAUCAUUAAAAUUGCAAUUGAAGGUGUAGGAAAAAAUGUUGUUACUAUUGCACUUGCAAUCCACAAAAAAAAAUGAAAUUGAUUUUUAAUGGCUCCAUUGGAUAAUUUAUAAGCAGCCUCUAUUAUUACACCUAUUGAUGCAUAUUUAAAACCAUCUAUCAAUAAUUAAAUCCAUGGUAUUGAUAAAUUGGGAACUGUUAGACCUAGUAUCAUCAUUACAAAAGCAGAUGGCAUACUAAAAUAUAGAAAUGCUACUAAUCCUCCAAAACAACUAUGUGUAAGAUUAGCUCCCACUGCAAUUACCAUUUGAGUAGAAGUUGGACCAGGUAAUGUUUAACACAAUGCAAAUAAUUCUUAAAAUUCCUCUUCAGUGGUAUAAUUUUUAAAUCUUUCUCUUAGUACAUUAAUAUGAGCUAAGGGUCCACCAUAAGUAAUAAAUCCAAG